UGUCCGCGGUGAAUCCAAAGCACUCUGAGGGGUGGGGUGAGGGUAGCUGGGCUCGGCGUCCGGAAGAAUGGAGGUGGCGGAGACCGUGGCGAAGGCUGGAGCCCUGGAGGUCCUGGCUGAAGUGGCAGGUAUCUUGGAGCCUAGAGGCCUGCAGGAAGAGUCCGAACUGCCAUCCCAGAUCCUGGCUGAGUUUGUGAUGGACUCACAGAAGAAAGACAGGCUGCUCUGCAGCCAGCUUCAGGUAGUGGACUUCCUGCAGAACUUCCUGGCUCAGGAGGACACUGCCCAGGGCCUGGACCCCUUGGCUUCUGAAGACUUGAGCGGACAGAAGGCAAUUGCAGCCAAGGAACAAUGGAAAGAGCUGAAGGCCACAUACCGGGAGCACGUGGAGGUCAUCAGAAGUGCCUUGACCCGGGCCCUGACCCAGGAGGAAGAGGUCCACAGGAAGCAAAUACAGCUCCAGGAGGCUUUUGAGCAGCUCCAGGCCAAGAAGCAAAUAGCCAUGGAGAAACUCAGAGCAGCCCAGAAGCAGAGGCAGCUGCAACAGGAGAAAUGUCUGCAGCAUCUGGCAGAGGUUUCUACAGAGGUAAGGAAGCGUCAGACAGAAACUCAGCAGGCGCUUGAGCGGCUAUGUCAGGAAGUUGGAACCCUGAAACAGCAGGCAGGAUGGGAACGGGAUAAGCUGCAGAGGUACCAGACCUUCCUCCAGCUGCUAAAUACCCUUCAGGGUAAACUGCUGUUACCUGAGGCUGAGACUGAGACAGAGGCAGAGAUGCCACAGGAGUUGCCUCUCCACUUGGAUCUUCCUGAAGAUAAGCCCCACCAGUUGAACCAGCCCCAGGAGCAGAACACUGGAGACACUAUGGAGAAAGAUGAUGUUGUGUCCUUCAAGGUGAAUGAGAGAUGAGAUAGAUGGACAGGCAGAUAGAGAGAGAGGAUGGGAAAUUGACCUUACUCUCUGUCCAUACUAUAUACCAUAUUCCACCAAGGCUGCUAGCCGACAACCUGCUGGAGAUGUGAGCUUGCCAUGGCUCCCUGAGCGUGGGGAAGGAUCCUAGAGCAGGUCAGACCCUAACUUCGACUUUGGUGUGUUUGAUGGAAGUAUGGAAGGAGAGAGGGCCUCUAGACUAUGUCUCUACAUCUGAGCUCUGCUGCCCAUUGAGCAGAUGGGAGACAGGAGAAAGGAAAGAGCUUCUGUUAUGGUUGAAGCUUAACACCUCAUUACAGUGCCCAGCCCACCUGGGUCUAACCCAUCUCUUCCUCUUUCCCAGUCUCCUGGCCCCACCCUCAUUGCAGGAUGGACUGUGAACCCCUGAGUGCAGUCUGAUUUCUGACCAUCACCCAGAUAUUCAUUCAUUGUUCAUCUUUUCAAAGAUUCAAAGAUGCGGCUUUUGUGAUCCACUUUUGUAUGUUUUGUUUGAUUGACUUCUAGUGAUAUUUCAGUCAUUUCCUCCCUUCUCUUUUUGGGUGGCAAGAUGUACUUUUUUUGUAAACUGUCUUUUUUAUCAGAUGAUAAACUCAUGUAUUUGGAUCUUUAUUUGUUUUCUCAGACAUUUAAGGCUAUAAAUAUCUUCUGACUUCCUCUAAGUAUUUUCACAAUAACUCAAUUCAUAGCAUUUUCUAUUUUCUGUUACAAUGAUUCAUGAGUUUCUUUGAAAAAUAAUUUGGUCUUCUACUAUAUGUCUAUGGGAGGAUAAUCUAAGUUUAUUCUAACUUGGUCAUCUGUAUAAAACUUUGCAGUUUGGUGAGGGAAGCCAUAUAACGUUGCUGUGUUCCUUUUAUACAGUUUGACAUGGGUUUGGAAAGAAUGUAUAUUUUAGAAUUGUGUGUAAUGUGUUCUAUAUAUCGGAUUAUAUUUGUUAUGUUUUCAAUUUACAUCUUUUACAUAAUUUAUUGUUGACUGACUAUCAUCUUCUGAGAGAGAUGUGUUCAAGGCUCCAACUAUAAUAGUGGAUUUGUUUAUUUCUAUUAAAUUUGCUUUACAUACUUUGUAGCUACUUUGUUCAGGUAUAUACAAGUUUACACUUCUGACCUGAACUUUGACUAUUGUGUAGCAGACUACUUCCUAUCUAGGACAGUGUUUUUAGUUUUGAAAUCUAAUAAUUUUAAUAUUAAUAUAACUUUUCUAAUUCUUUUGGUUACCC